AUGUUUUUGUUGAGAUUAUUGUGUUGCAUGUGUUUGGUAUGGAUUAACUCACCAGAAAUCACUUCCUCCCUCACAUCAGAUCCGUUGAUUGUUGAAAUCCCGAAUGGAAAACUUCGUGGAAGGGAUAAUGGCACCUACUACAGCUACGAAUCGGUGCCCUACGCUGAACCUCCGAUCGGCGAACUUCGAUUUGAAGCUCCACGUGCGUUCAGUGGCCAGUGGACGGAGACUUUUGAGGCCUCGCAGCCACCUGUGCCAUGCUUGCAAUACAACCAGUUCAGAGCUAAGUUAGUGGGACAGGAAGAUUGCCUGACUGUUAGCAUCUAUAAGCCGAAGAGCAGCAGUCGCAACAGCUUUCCAGUCGUUGUCCUCCUGCAUGGUGGUGCCUUUAUGUUCGGAGUAGCGGCAGCCAACGGACACGAAUACUUUAUGGGAGCAGGCAACUCGAUAUUGGUAAAAGUAAACUAUCGUCUUGGACCAUUGGGCUUUGUCACCACCGGAGAUCGAGAGUUGCCCGGCAACAACGGACUGAAGGACCAACGAUUAGCUCUGCAAUGGAUCAGACAUAACAUAGCUAGUUUCGGGGGCCGGCCGGAGAAUAUCGUGGUCAUUGGCCAUUCUGCGGGCGGAGCAUCUGCCCAUUUGCAACUCCUUCAUGAGGAUUUCAGUGGUUUAGCCCGGGCGGCCGUAUCGGUGAGUGGAAAUGCCCUCGAUCCUUGGGUUCUCCAGGAAGGUGGUCGACGACGAGCCUUUGAACUUGGUCGCAUAGUGGGCUGUGGACUAACUGAGAACACCGCCGAGUUGAAGAUUUGUCUAAAAUCCAAAUCAGCCAGUGAAAUAGUAUCCGCUGUUAGCAACUUCUUUGUGUUUUCAAACGUACCCUUUUCCACUUUUGGCCCCGUCGUGGAACCGGCAGAUGAUCCCGAAGCAUUUCUUACCCAGCAUCCUAGAGAGAUAAUCAAGAGCGGAAAGUUUGCCCAAGUGCCCUGGGUUGUGUCCCACACCACCGAGGAUGGUGGCUACAAUGCCGCUACGCUGUUAGAACAAAAUCUAACCACCGGAGAAACAUGGAUUGAAAAGCUAAACGAUCGUUGGUUCGACUUGGCGCCUGACUUGCUUUUUUAUCGAAACUCGAAGGAGAAUAUCAGAGAUAUGGAUGAGAUGUCAAGGAAACUGAGACAAGAUUACCUGGGAGAUCGACGAUUUAGUGAGGAAAGCUAUUGGGACGUGCAGCGGAUGUUUACAGAUAUCCUCUUCAAGAACAGCGUGCCGGAAUCAUUGGAUCUUCAUCGUAGAUAUGGAAGAAGCCCGCUGUACUCCUAUGUCUACGACAAUCCGCCGGAGUCUGGAGUCGGUCAGGUUCUGUCCAAGCGCUCGGAUGUGUAUUUUGGAACUGUCCAUGCGGACGACUUUUGUCUUAUCUUUGAACACGGUCGCCCGAGGUCAGCUUUACGCCCAGAUGAAGAAAUGAUUGCCGAAAAUUUCAUAAAGAUGUUGGAGAAUUUCGCCCUCAGCGAUGAGAAAGAAAUGAUGUUCGGCGAUUGCCACUUUCAUAACAAUGUUAAAAGUGAAAAAUUUCAGGUAUUAAGGAUAACAAGAAAUGGCUGUAAUAACGAGGAGUAUGACCAGUUUCCGUGA